UGCGCUCACUCGACAAAACUCUUUAAAGGAAUCACACGGAGCAACAGGAAACUGUGAAGCUUUUUGUUCCUUCAGUCAAACGCUGCGCAGGUUUAAGGCCAAAUGGUUGAGGAACAUCAGACUAAACUCGCACCUUUGUACGUGGCAUAAUUAAUUCCACGAGCCAUCCUUGAAAUCCCAACACGUUGAUUGAAGGGUGUUCUUUAGCUGUCAGGUGACACGGGCGCAUCAAAGGGACUUAACGCACACAGCCAGCCUCCCCGCCAGGACAAGGAGCUAGUAGCUACAGGCGACCGAUCAUAUCAUUUGCCAAAACGGAAAAUCACAAACGCUAUAAAGAGCGAGUACCGUCUUAAGUUCAGACAAAUAGACAAUACAAAGAAGUGAAAGGAUAAACCGUACACGGCGUUGUACAGCACCCCAGCAACAGAAUAUGCUGCCAACCUUCAGUUUCACGCCGGAGCAGGUCGCGUGUGUCUGUGAAGUCCUACAACAGAGCGGAGAUAUAGAACGCCUCGGAAGAUUUUUGUGGUCCCUUCCAGAAUGCGAAACCAUCCAGAAGAACGAGAGCGUGCUAAAAGCAAAGGCAUUGGUUUCCUUUCACCAGGGUAACUUCCAGGAGCUGUACCGCAUACUGGAAAACAACACAUUUUCUCCGAGCUCGCAUCCCAAGCUGCAGUCCCUCUGGUUAAAAGCGCACUAUAUCGAAGCUGAGAAACUUCGCGGCCGGCCGCUUGGAGCGGUGGGGAAGUAUCGUGUUCGACGCAAGUUUCCUCUCCCGCGGACGAUCUGGGACGGCGAGGAAACUAGCUACUGUUUCAAGGAGAAAUCGAGGAACAUAUUGAGAGAGUGGUACUCGCAUAACCCGUACCCAUCGCCUCGAGAGAAGCGGGAGCUAGCAGAGGCCACGGGUCUAACCACUACACAAGUUAGUAACUGGUUCAAGAACAGAAGACAGCGAGACCGCGCCGCGGAAGCAAAAAUAAGCAGGGAAUCAACCGUGGACAUCAGAACCAAGCAGAUGUUGAACCCUGACAAGCAGGCCAUGCUGAAUGACGUGAAAAAGUGUGGUAUACCCGACUUUUCUCAAUGUAUGAAUGGAGCACAUAUGCCCGCUACCCACACUCCCGUUCCAGUGAAGCUCGAGGUGGACGACCCUGCUCUAAUGGCUGCGAUGACGGGACCCGGGAUGGCGCACGAGUCGAUGGCGCCUGUAUCGGCGACUGAAUUUACCCACGGACUUCAUGAUAGCCACAUGCUGACCACAUUAACAAAUUCUCUAGUAGGACUCUAGACACAUCGAACGUACUUGUACAUUACGCCAUUCUUUGACUUGUGUGUGUUAUGAGUUAACAGCUUGGGGGAAAAGCUUCGUGUUUUUCCCUCCUUUGGCAAAAGCCGUGCAAAUUCCACAGUUUUAAAGCAUCUCAGUCUUAUUUUAUUAAGAUAUUUAGCAUAACGUAUAUAUGUAUAUCGUAGUUUUGUAGUUCAAAUACACUUCAACAUAAAGCUAGCCACGGCGAUGAACAAAACAUCAUAGUUGGUUCGUACUUGAGGGCGCAAGACACCGUUGAAUAAUGGUUCAUUCAUUCGCGCAGUUGUGUACGCGGUAAAAAAACAACACGAGCUUUUGCUCAAAGCGUAUCAAGAUAAAAACAAAAAAUACUAACGCAAAAAAUUCUCACGUAUCUUUGAAAGAAUUAAGUGUAAAAAGCAAAUGUUUUCUUUGCAUUCAUGUUUUAAGUAAUUUCACCUUAUGUACUGCCGUAUGUAAUCUUGUACAGUACUGUUUCACGAGCGACUAAGUUGGAAGAACGCCACUGUCCCUUCCCUGUGAAAAGGCACACGGUUUCACUGUACUCUAUAAUUUUAGGGUGGAAAUAAACUCCCGUCGAAUCCAAGACGUGUAGUGUUUUAGCCAAGCCAGCGCGACCUCUCAUGCGACAAGUUUUCGUAUUUUCCGUUAAAUAUAUUCAGUGGUUUCUCGUUUUACAUGCGGGCAUCUUCUCAAAUAUCGCCAUAUCACUUUGAGGAAAUUGAAAACCAUUAAGGAGAACCCACAAUAUAUUCAAGUACGUUGAGUUCACUUAAAAGCGCUCGUAGUCGUAAGUUAAAAGUUUCCUCGUCGAUAACAACAGGAAUAUAUUUUGCGGAACGUCGCACGGACAACUAGCGAAGUGCGCAUCAAUUAAUUUGCCCAUUGAAAGAUUACUGUAAGUUUGAAUUCGAAAAUACGGCUUGGGUCGAUGUGUUAAGGAUAUUCCAUUAUUGUGUUAUUUUUACAAUAAAUCACAAUGAGCGGUGCUUAAGAAGGAAAUUUGGGCAAUAAAAAGAUUGGGUUUCCCGUC